AUGUCCCAGCAACCCUCCCCCGAGCCGGCGGCACCCUCGUUGGAAUAUCCGUUCGCACCGUCGCCGGACAUCCUGCGGACGCACGAGAAAGACGCCUACGUGACGGGGACAAUCUCAUCGCAAGCGUCGACGAUCCUCCGGGCGCUUCUCGGCGCACGGGUCGCGCACAAGUACUCGGACGCGACCGCACACCUCAGCGAACUGCUCUACCUCUGCCUGACGACGCUCCUGGGCAACCGCACGCUCGGCGAAGAGUACUGCGACGUGGUCCAGAUCGAGGACGACACGCUGCGUCUCGCCGGCCUCGGGCGACGCAUCGGGUACAUCGCCAGCGUCGUCUUCUCGCCGUGGAUGCUGGGCAAGACGCUCCCCGCGCUCCGUCGCAAGCUGCGAAGUAAACUGGAACGAAACAUAGAGCAUGCCCAAAAGAAGAAGAAGAAGAAGACGACGCACGACUACGGUGUCGGCAGCGGCAGCGGCAGCGGGGGGGAGCAGCACACCGGCACCGGUUUGAAGGUACAGGAGUACCUCCUCAAACACCUCGACACGCUCACUUCGCCGAACCCGCUGUACGCACUGAGCCUGGCGACCUUCUACUUCACCGGCGCGUACUACCACCUGUCCAAACGGCUGUUCCGGCUACGGUACGUCUUCACCAAGCAGAUCAAGCCCGACGAGCAGCGCGUCGGCUACGAAGUCCUCGGCGUCCUCCUGGUGUUGCAGAUGGCGGUGCAGUCUGCCCUGCACGUGCGCGAGACGUAUCUCGACGCGGCGACGACCACGAGUGGAGCGCCGAGCGGUGCUGAAGUCUCCCUCUCUGGCGCACGAGACCACGUUCUCGCCGCCGCCGACACGGUCGACGCGCCACCGCCGCCGCCGCCGUCGUCGUCGUCAAAAUUGUCACCGGGCCUGGCGGAGAACACAUCGACGCCCGUGUUGGACAGCAACGGUGCCAGGUACGACCUCUCGGACCCGGACGUCAUGGCCUGGAUCCCCGCGGGCCAGCAGCGAAAGUGCACGCUCUGUCUCGAACCGUUUCGGGACCCGAGUGCCACCACGUGCGGCCAUGUGUUCUGUUGGACUUGCGUGCAGGACUGGGUCAAAGAAAAGCCCGAGUGCCCGCUGUGUAGACAGGGCGUGCUGCCCCAAAAGGUAUUGCCGCUGCGGUGA